GUCGUAUUACGCACACGAAGAAGAAGUCACGUUUGACCCAAACAUUGACAGAAAGUAGAAGCCAAAUGGGAGCUUCUGCUAAAAUGUGAUCAUGUUCUCUCUCGCAAUGUGUGUUUUUUGGUUGUUAGUUAGUAAUUAAACCGUGUUGCCGCCAUGUUGGUGUGGUUGAAGACCUGCAGACGGUGUUUUCUGCGGAGUCCUGUUCUUCAAAGAGGGUUUCAGUCUGUUACAGCAGUCAGACACAGACGGGCUGAGCCCCAGGUAAACUCAGCCGCUGUGUACCGAUGGUGCUCCACUGUUCAGGGCGAGGUGAGGGUCCGGUUCGCCCCCAGCCCCACAGGCUUUUUGCACCUUGGAGGUCUCAGAACCGCUCUCUACAAUUAUAUUUUUGCUAAGAAAUAUGGAGGCGAGUUCAUCCUGCGACUGGAGGACACGGAUCAGAGCAGGCUGGUUCCAGGAGCAGCAGAGUCCAUAGAGGACAUGUUGGAGUGGGCUGGUAUUCCACCAGAUGAGAGUCCUCGUCGGGGAGGGCCCCGGGGUCCAUACCUGCAGUCCCAAAGAUUAGACCUCUACAAUCAGACUGCCAGGAAGCUUGUAGAGAGUGGUCAUGGCUACUACUGCUUCUGCAGCCCCCAGAGGCUGGAGCUGCUGAAAAAAGAGGCUCUAAGGGCCGGCCAGACACCACGCUACGACAACAGAUGCCGUCACCUGCGAGCGGACCAGGUCCAGGAGAAGCUGGCUCAGGGAGCUCCGCAUGUGGUCAGGUUUCGACUGGAAGCCGGCGUCGAGCCUUUCCAGGACCUGAUCUUCGGGUGGAACCGCCACGAGGUGGCCCAGGUGGAGGGCGAUCCAGUUGUGAUUAAAGCAGAUGGCUUCCCCACCUACCACCUGGCCAACAUCGUAGACGAUCAUUACAUGAAGAUCAGCCACGUUCUGCGAGGAUCCGAGUGGCUCAUCUCGACCUCCAAGCAUCUCCUCAUGUACCGCGCACUGGGAUGGACACCGCCCACCUUCGGACAUCUGCCGCUUCUGAUGAAUAGUGACGGCAGCAAGCUGUCCAAGAGGCAGGGGGACAUAUUCAUUGAAAACUUCUAUAGGGAUGGGGUUCUCCCUGAGGCUCUGCUGGAUAUCACAACCAACUGUGGAUCUGGAUUUACCUCCAAUCGAAUGGGACGGAGGUUAGAGGAACUGAUUUCUGAGUUUAAUCCUUCAAAGAUCACAACUCACUCUGCUUUGUUAGACCUGGAGAAGCUGCCAGAGUUCAACAGAAUUCAUCUGCAGCAGCAAAUUGAAGAUGAGCAGAAGUGUUGUGUGCUUAUAAAAGAUCUACAGCAGCAAAUCCAGCAGGUUUACGCUGCAGAGAUCCAGGAUAAAGAAGUGCUUGAAGGAGAUUAUAUUAGACGUGUGCUACAUCUCCGUAAGGGUCACAUAACUUCCAUGAAGGAGCUUGUGAGCCCAACCUAUUCCUAUCUGUGGGUGCGCCCUUCCCUGUCCAUCCAGCAGGUGGCAGCACUGACCAAGGAGGCUUCUCAUAUUGCGUCGUUAGUUCUGAGGUUAAUAGAAGAGCAGGGAGAGGAGCUGUCAGUGGACCAACUAACCAAAGAUCUAAAGAGUUUGCCUAAGCAGACCAAAGCUACCAAGUACAGAGAGGUGAUGAAAAUGCUGCGCCUGGUUCUCAGCGGCCUGCAGCAAGGACCCAGUGUUGCUGAGAUGAUGGUAUCUCUGGGCCCCGCAGAGAUCAGACAUCGAUUCCAGAAGCUUCUGCUGCCUCCAGAUUCCUGUUAAAGAUGGUUCACAGAUAACGUCUUACUCAGCUGGCUAACUGUUCUGUAUGUUGAGAAAUACAAAACUUGCAUCAAACUUGAUUAUUCCGUCAAACUUGAAAGAGACUCAGCCGACUAAACAUUAUAAAUAUUUGUUUUUGUCAGGUGUCUUAUUUAUAUAUAUAUAUAUAUAUAUAUUUUUUUUUUUUUUCUAGAAAAAGACUAUGCACACCUGCAUGGGAAGUACCUUGGUGUUUUUUUAUGUAAAUGUUUUACUUCAGAAAAAUAACGUGUGUAUGCUCCACUGAUUCGAAAUGGAUGGAAUAAUUUGUUUUAAUUUGACAAUAUUAACAAGAAUAAUGACAAGCGGUUUUAUUGUGACUGUUUUCUGGCUUUUGAAGGCUACAUAAUGCAACAGUCUCUCGUCUUUUUUUAGAUGUUGCAUCAUAUUUAUUACCACAGAGGAACAGGAAGUUGUGAAUUACAGAUAAAGAAAAGGUUCACUGGCACUGUGAAAAACUUUGAAAAAGAGUAAAAUAAUAAAGAAAAUGCUUCAGUUGGAUUCAUUCU